ACUCUUUAAUUAAUUGAAAACACCAGAGAAAGAGAGUGGGGGAGACGAACAUAGCGGCAAAGGAAUCAAUGGCGACGAGUACGACGAGCAGUAACAGCACGCCACCAUACAAACCUUACCGUCACCACAAAACCCUAACAACCCACACACGCGCCGUUUCUUGCGUCAAAUUCUCCAACGACGGAAACCUCCUCGCUUCCGCUUCCCUCGACAAAACCCUUAUCAUCUACUCCUCCACCACUCUCUCCCUCCUCCACCGCCUCACCGGCCACUCUGAAGGCAUUAACGACAUCGCCUGGUCCUCCGAUUCCCACUACAUCUGCUCCGCCUCCGACGACAAAACCCUCCGUAUCUGGGACGCUAACACCGGCGACUGCGUCAAAACGCUUCGUGGCCACGGCCACAAUGUUUUCUGUGUCAAUUUUAAUCCACAAUCCAAUUACAUCGUUUCGGGUUCGUUUGAUGAGACGGUUAGGGUUUGGGAAGUGAAGACUGGGAAAUCUGUUCAUGUUAUUAAGGCUCAUGCUAUGCCUGUUACUUCUGUUGAUUUUAAUCGCGACGGUUCGCUUAUUGUUUCUGGGAGUCAUGAUGGGUCUUGUAAGAUUUGGGAUACCAAUUCUGGUGCGCUGUUGAAGACUUUGAUUGAUGAUAAGGUUCCUGCUGUUUCGUUCGCCAAAUUUUCGCCUAAUGGGAAAUUUAUACUUGUUGCUACUCUUAAUGAUACACUUAAACUAUGGAACUAUGCAGCUGGGAGGUCUUUGAAAAUGUAUUCAGGCCAUGUGAAUAGAGUGUACUGCUUAACUUCCACAUUCUCCGUGACAAAUGGGAGAUAUAUCGUUAGUGGUUCAGAAGAUCGGUGCCUUUAUUUGUGGGAUCUUCAGCAGAAAAACAUGAUUCAGAAACUUGAAGGCCAUACAGAUACUGUAAUAUCAGUUACCUGCCACCCAAAAGAGAAUAAAAUUGCUUCUGCUGGCCUUGAUGGUGAUAGAACUGUGAGGAUUUGGGUACAGGAUUCUUGAAUGAUUGCAAAACUUUGGGGGGAUAUUGGCAUACACAUCUGAGGUUGUCCCCAAUUAAUAUGCUUCUUUUUUGAGUCUGAGUUUGUCCCCAGUUAUUAAGCUUCUUUUUUGAGAGUUGAUGCUUUAUAGGGGUGCGAUUGUUAGAACACUAUACGAGUAUACAUUAAUAAUUAGAAGAACUUACAUUAUUUGCAUUUUAGGGUCUAUAAUUAUUGCUUUAGAAAAUAACACUGCACCAAAAUGAAUAUGACAUUGAUGCAAUGCAAGUAGUUAUGAGACUUAAGACAGGUAUCGUCUAUUUCAGACCCAAAAGUUCUGAUCUGCAGAAAACAGAGAAGGUUAGAAAUAAAUUUAUUUUCAUCCA